UUGUGUUGAAUCGGAUGUGUGUGUGACCGUAUUUUCCUUCCCUUUCCCUCGCACACCGGCUCCUCCAGUUCAGUUCCUUAUUUCGUGUGGGUGGACUCGUAGUUUAGACAAUCUCUCCUUUCCCUUCUUCCGACUUUUAUUCCCCCCUUCACCGCACUGCCUGCCUGCCUGCAUUCCUCGCAAAUACAUUUUAAGAGCAACCCUUUGACUGUGCCGCUGCCUUAAGAGUAACGUAAACGUAGGAUAGCUUCAAAAUUAAGCUACUUGAGAUAUAUGCAUAUCCAAAGUAAAUAGGUUUCAAAUAACUUUAGCAAAGUAUCAAAUAAUGGUGAGGAACUACUUCAGCUCUCUCUGCCCCUCUUACGUCAAUUCCUCUUUAUACUUUCGUAUGUAGACAAAAAGAAAGAACACGCCGGUGAAUAUUUACUUAUUUGGUGAUAUUUGUUGUUGUUCAAGAGAUAAACUUUUAAGUGACUGCCUUGGGACAAAUGAUGGAUACUGAGUGAGUGAAGAAAAGAAAGGUAGCAACAAAUGGUGAAAGCAGACUUGGUAUCUUAGAUUGUAGAAAAGAGAAAGUGAAGAAAGCUGUGAAAAUGCGGUGUCCGAGAAUUGGUCGUAGUAUGGGUUCGUCGAUGAUUCUUCUCUCCUGGAUCAUAUUACUGGGUGUGUCAAGUGACUUGGUCUUGGGAGCGGAUGACUUUUACUUUACCAGAAUUGGAGACGGAGAAAGCAUCACGAGCCGCGGCAGGAAAACCGUCGUGGACCAGGAGAGACGAGUCACUUUGGAAUGCGCUGUGUCAGACGCACGGCAGAUCGGGUUCAGAUGGAGUAUGAAUGGGAUUUCACUCCACAAUUCUUCCCGUCGAUAUCAAAUUGGAUCCAAUCUGUAUUUCUCAAGAAUUGAGCGAGACGAGGAUGCUGGAGAAUAUAGCUGUGUGGCCACCAACUUCAGUUCCGGACACUCCAAAACCAGUGCUCCAAUGUCCAUGAGUGUCAUUUGGAUCAGCCCAACUACCUCCGUGGUCUUAUCAUCUCCAGAACGGGCAUCUGAUAUUCGACCAGGUGUGGACGUUGUCUUAAAAUGCAGAAUAGAAGCCACCACCUCGGACAUAACAUACGAAUGGUUUCGAAAUGGCGAUCCAGUUGAACGAUCCGAGAGAGUGGCCAGCCGAGGACGCAAACUUCAUCUCAACUCUGUCACCGGAAUGGAAAAUGGUUGCUACACGUGCAGCGCAAAGAAUGACAUUGCCGGAAUUUCAACUCCCGUGGGAAAGUUUCCUCUCAUCGUUAAAGAUGAAAAAAUUCCGAAAAUCCUCUUGGUUCCGGAGGACCAGAUUGCGAAGAAAAAUGAGUCCAUUCGAUUCGACUGCGUCUUUGAACAAACCACUUUUCUUCAAUGGUUCUUCUACGACAGUGAGCCGCUCUCUAAUUCUUCCAGGUACAUCAUUCAUCCCAACGGGUCCCUGACCAUUACUCACGUGGAAGAGAGAGACGAAGGGGUCUACAAGUGCCUGGGAAAUUCUCUCUCUUUUCCAGAAGAGGAGCCACAGAUUUAUUCCUGCUCCUUAAGACUAGCAUAUCUUCAACAACUAAGCAGCAACUACUCGUUUGACCCUCCUCCAUUAAUCUCCAAUAAUAAAUUGGCAGUGCCGGAAAACGGGUUUCUGCAAAUAAAUUGUGAUGAGCCCGCGGGACUGCCUACGCCAAGGACUUGGUGGGAAGGUCCCGAUGGGAAAGUCGUCCUGUCAGAAACUUCAACGUUUAGUCAGAGUUCCAACACUCUCACCCUUCGCAACGUCAACUUGAAUGCAACUGGAAAUUUGUACACAUGUGUGGCAGAGAAUCUUGAAGGAAUAACUCGAGCAUCGUUUGAACUCAUUGUUACGCCCCCACCCACCAUUUUCGGCCACCCAUCAGCCACAACCGCCACGGAGGGGGAGACGACCUUCUUCGUAUGUCAGUUUCGUGGGGCAGAGUAUCCUGUGAGCCACAUCCGGUGGAUGAAGAAUCGAAUACUGAUUCACCAUGUUCCAGCAGCAACACCUGGUCGGAGAAAUCUCGGCCAUCAUCAGAACCCCAUCGCUUUGGGAGUCAGCAGUCCUCAUGAGGAGGCGCAAUUCUCGCAGCGAGCUUUUCUCUUUCCUGAGAAUGGGACUUUAAAAAUUGAGUCCGUUCAAUUGAACGAUGCUGGAGAUUAUACUUGCGAAGUAAUCACUGAUGGGCAUCCGCCAGUAGAGUCUCGUCCAGCACAGCUCUUCGUGACAGAGAUGCUGAAAUUCACACCGAAACCUAUCGACCGGAAACUUGAGCUGGGCACAAACUCUAAAUUGCACUGCCGAGCAAAAGGGAGCACUCCACCAGUGAUAAAAUGGGUUAAGGAAGGACAACCUUUAUUCCAAUGGCCGAGCCAUGUUCUGGACCAAAAUGGAACUCUUCAUUUCCUGGAAGUGAAAGCAACGGACAGAGGCGUCUACACGUGCGUGGCGACGUCCAGCACUCAAGGGAUUAUCAACUCUACGAUAUAUGUGGAUGUCAUUGUUUCUCCCAAAUUUUCUGUUUUACCAAAAAAUCCGACUGAAGUAACCGAAGGACAGUCAUUCACGAUUCACUGUGCAGCAUUCGGGGACCCAAGCCCAACAAUUUCCUAUGAUCACCGACCAUCGAACAAUUUGAUCAAUGGCUUUGAUCGUAACAGGUUCCGAGUCAUGGAAAAUGGGUCAUUACUCGUAACAGAGGUUAUGAAAGAGGAUGAUGGCUUUAUGGGAUGCACCGCAGGAAAUUCUGGUGGAUUCCGAAGAGAGGAAGUUCGCCUCAUUGUUGUUAAAAGCAAUGAUCACUACUACUCCUCUGAGUCACUGGAUGAUACUGUGAUGACACGCACAAUUUCCAUCACCUUGAGUGUAGCAGCUGGAUACAUGUUGCUUGUUGUGGGGCUUAUGAUGUGGUGCAGAUAUAGACAACUCAGGAGAAAGCAAGCAUACUUAGCAGAAGUUCGGAAAGAGACCGGCGAUGCAGAAAUGAAGGACAACGUCAACAAUUCAAUUUGCAAUGUAAACGGAAAUGGACCUCAUCACCUACUUCCAAAUGGACACGUAGUAAAAACAGAGAGUUGCAGAGAGAGUGUGAAAAGUGAUGGUGAGACGGCAAAGUCAUCUCACAGUUCUACCGUGGGAGGAGGAACCAAAACUGCGUCAGUCACUGCUUCAAUUACGAGUCAUAAAUCUGCUUAUUCGCAAAGCUCCAAAAGAUCUGCGGCCAGUUCCACCUGGGCCCAGCUGGAAAAAAUCUCAUUUCCGAGAGAAGAUUUGCAAUUUGUAAUGCUCUUAGGACAUGGCGAGUUCGGUGAAGUCUUCCUGGCCAAGGGCAAAUCCUUCAGGGAGGACGGAACUGAGGCGGAAGGAGAAGCUCUGGUGAUGGUGAAAGCUCUUCAGACUCGAGAUGAGACUGCACUAUUCAAUUUCAAAAGAGAGAUUGACUUGUAUUAUAAAUUAAAUCAUGAAAACGUCUCCAAACUUGUGAGACUUUGUCGAGAAAAUGAUCCACACUAUAUGAUAAUGGAUUAUAGCGACUGGGGAGAUCUCAAGCAGUUUUUACUUGCCACUCGACAGGACUGCAUCCGUCCCUUGCCAGCACCGAAACCACCUCCGUUAACUGUUUCUCAAAUUCUCCAAGUGAUUUCUCAGGUUGCUCUCGGAAUGGAACACUUGUCAAACCAUCGCUUUAUCCAUAAAGAUCUCGCAACUCGCAAUUGCUUAAUAUCCUCCGGUUUACGAAUUAAAAUUGGAAAUCCUAGUCUGUGUAAGGACACAUAUUCUGCAGAGUACUUCACAGUUAGAAAUCAUACAACCUCCAUCAGAUGGUUGCCUGCAGAAGCAGUUCUUGAAGACGAUUUCUCCACUAAAUCGGACGUUUGGAGUUUUGCUGUCUCUGUGUGGGAAACUAUUCACCAGGCGGCGAUGCCAUUCUCAACCAAGACCAACGACCAAGUCGUAGCCGCACUAGAACGGAAAGAGUUGCGUUGGACCACUGCAGACAUGGAAAACAAAGUUCCUGCUGGAUUACAUAAAUUACUCACUCAGUGCUGGGAUGCGUCGCCAAAAAAUAGACCUAAUUUUAGUGCAAUUGUAAUUCAGUUAUCCGAAAUUAUCAAAGAUGAGUUAAAUUUUAGUAGCGGGCGUAAAUAGCAUGAGGCCCCCGUCGUCUCAGGAAAACGAAAUAGCGUCAUCCUCCUGAAAUCAAAUUCAGCUUCCAGCAACAUUCAUACAUAUAUAUUGUAAGAUUUCCCAUGCUGUAAAGUUUAGUGUACAAAAUAUGCGUAGAUAUGUAAAAUAGUACGAAGAAACAACUGAAAACCGUCUAAUUGUUAAAAACAUUCGUCCAUCGUGAAAAUCUUAGUUUUAAUACUAAUCAAAUUUUGAUGCAUUUUUAUCAACCAACACAUGACAUCAAUACGAUUACAUUAUGUAAUUCCUUAUUGGCUGAAUUUUUCUUUAAAAUACUAAAUAUUCUGAGCAUUAAAUAUUUUAACUUUCUUCUUAGACUUACAUUUUAUUAUUGUUUUUAAUAUUUUAAUUAUUCUACAGUGAUGAACGUGAUAUGUAAUUUUAUUUGACUAGAUGAUUACUCAACUGAUGGAAUAUGCUUGAUUGUUUUGGGUUAGUAUUUUUAUAGCGAUUACCGUACCACAUAUAUGUACAAAUUAGUAUGUAUGCGUAAUCAUAUUUUGAAUGCUUUCUUUCUUUCAUAAUGAGGAUGACAUUUAUUUGUGUGCUAAUGUCUAACGAAUUAGGUAACUACAUACUUACAUAUAUUAGGGCAUUGUUGGAAUGAGAAGCAGCUAAACAAAAGACUCAUUAAAAUACAAGCUAUAACAUGUUAUGUACAUAGCUCUGCAGAUAUGGCUUGGCUAUUAACUUUCUCUAUAUAGAAUAUUUACUAAAUACUAAAAAACUUAUAUAAUAAUCAAGAAAUUGUGUAUGUCAGGGCAGAGCACUUUUUGCAAUUGAAGUUGUCUCGAGCCCCCGUCACUUUCUCUAUGCAAUUAGUCUGUAAGUCAAAAGAAUAUGACAAUGACACGUCAUUUCUUCUACUACUAUGCAGUAAAAUUAACGUUUUGUGCUUCCUCUAGAUAUUACUAUUCAAUGCAUUGUGAAAGUAUCAAAAAUUGUUUUUAUUUAUAAAAAGAUUCACUAAAUUAAAUACUUAAACAUUUAAAAUAUACUUUAAACUUGAAUAGUAUUUAAUUUUCGUAACAAAAUUAUUAUAUGUAUAAAUCUUAGAUCUUAGAAUUAAGCUAAGACAUUAUGAGUACUAAAGUAUCCACAUGGCCUAAAUGUAGAGUAAGAACAUUACCGUUUAGCUUUACAAAAAGCAAAUGGAAUCCAUCCUUUGAAAAUCUAUGCAAACCUGUACAUGCAAAUGUACACACCUAAAUACAAAUAUUUCGUGUCAAAAUGUUGUAAUAGGUCUAAGAAUAUUAUACUUCAUAAUUAUAAUAUACAUAAAUAGAAAUAGAAAUCAAAGCAUUUUGAUGGUCAUGCGUGAAAUUAUUCUCUGGAUAAAUGUUUGGAUCGACAAAAAUGUUUGAAACUAAACUAAUUUGAAGCGAUAUAUAUGUUGCAAAUGCGAAUACGUUAAACUUGCGUAUUUAUAAUGAAUCUGGAUUCUGCCAAGUUUAUAAUAGUUUAGACCGUCAUAAAUUAUUUGAAUAAAUUAUUUGUUUGAAUGAAUCUAAAAAUGUACUUGUCACAAUUCAGUCAGUUUUCUAAUAAACUAUUUUUUGUCUUCAA